AUGGACUGGACGGCUGAACCCCAAAAUGUGUUCGUAACGAGAAAAUGCAGUGGGGCCGCUAAAUGUUAUAAGUGUUGCGUUUCUUUCAUUUGCUUGGAAAGAGGGACUGUCGAACUUAACAAGAUGGAAGAGUCAGCAGAAGCAAUGUCGGGAAACUUGUCGCUGGAUGAUAAGACAAAACAAAUGCUAGAUAAUAUGACUGAAUGGGAAAAUUUAGGACAAAGUAUUAUCACAGGCAAGAGGACGAUGGUAGAGUUGGAUGAACGACGUCAGAAAUGUCGCGAAGCAUUGAGGCAAUUGCAUAAAGCAAAUAGUAGUGCAAAUAAGAAAAGGAAGAAUUGGGUUUGCUUUGGAAGUACUACAUUUCUCAAGGUUACAAUCGACCAAACAAAGCAAAUGAUUGAAGAUGACAUGAAGGUUAUUGGUGCGACUCUCAACGAAGCUCGAGAAAGUAUCAAAAACCAAGUGGAUAAGUUGAAGAAAAUGGAAAACUGCAAGAGUCUUGUAGAUCUUGGUUUCAGCUUGGAUCGAAUUGAUUAA